CUUACUCUCUUCGUAGAUUCUUUCCGAAUAUAUGCAGAUUUAAUUUCCAAAUACAUUUAAUUAAUUACGCCAUGAAAAAAAUCAUUAUACAGCUUUAGAAAAAACUUUCUUUUUUGUUAUUAUUAUUAUAUAUUUUUUUUGUGGCGGGAGAAAAACUAUGGAAAAUAAUGGGUUCUUCAGAAAAGGACGAUCAAAAUGAGGAAGAAGAAGAUAACAAUGAGAUUUUCUUGAGCAAAACUCAAAAAUCUGCAUGGAUUAGUGAGGUCUGAGAUGUGACUCUUUUCUCAGUACUCACAAACCCAAUUCGAAGAGUUCAAACUUCAAGCUCUGCUUUCAUUGAGGUAAAAAAUUUAGAAUCUCUCUCUCUCUGUGCGUGAAGAAGCUUUCGUUUAUAGAAGAUGUGGAUGAAAUGGGAAUGAUUGAACACUUCUACUCAUCAAACGUUUUGUAAGAAAAAGAAUGAAGAUGGAUUCCUUUGGCAAAAGAGUAGAAGACGAUGAAGAAGCUCUCAAGUGGGCGGCACUUGAGAGGCUUCCAACGUACAAACGACUAAGAAAAGGAAUACUCGACACUUGUACAAUUAAUGUACACCAUCUUAGCAUUGAACAAAAACAGAGUUUGAUUGAGAAGCUGGUCAAGGUGCCUGAGGAACAGAAUGAAACUUUCUUAACCAAACUGAGGAAUCGCAUUGACAGGGUUGGAAUUGAGCUACCUACUGUUGAAGUGCGUUUUGAACAUCUCAAUGUUGAGACAGAUAUUUACGUGGGAGAAAGAGCUCUACCUUCAUUCAUUAACUUCACUACGAAUGUCAUUGAGGGGUUCUUGAAUUAUCUACAUAUAAUUCCGAGCAAGAAGAAGAGAAUUACUAUAUUAGAUGACCUUAGUGGAAUUAUAAAGCCAUGCAGAAUGACAUUACUAUUGGGUCCUCCAAGUUCUGGAAAGACUACUCUUUUACUAGCUUUAGCUGGACAGCUUGACCCACGAUUGAAAUUUUGUGGGAUGGUGACUUAUAAUGGGCAUGGCUUGGAUGAGUUUAUCCCAGAGAGAACAGCAGCAUAUGUAAGUGAGCAUGAUUCCCAUAUUAAAGAAAUGACUGUUAGGGAAACCUUGGAUUUUUCUGCAAGGUGCCAAGGAGUUACACGGCGUUAUGAGUUGCUAGCGGAGUUGUCUAGAAGAGAGAAAGAAGCCAAUAUCAAGCCUGAUCCUGAUAUUGAUGUCUUCAUGAAGGCAGCAGCAAUUGAAGGCCAAGAGACAAGUGUUGUGACUGAUUAUGUUCUAAAGAUUUUGGGUUUAGAAGUAUGUGCUAAUACCAUAAUAGGAGAUGACUUAAUAAGGGGUAUCUCUGGUGGACAAAGAAAACGAGUUACAACAGGUGAGAUGCUUGUUGGACCAACAGGGGUGCUGUUCAUGGAUGAAAUUUCCACAGGUUUAGACAGCUCAACAACAUAUCAAAUUGUCAAUUCUCUGAAGCAAAUUGUUCACAUCUUGAAUGAAACUGCUGUCAUCUCUUUACUCCAGCCAGCGCCAGAGACUUACAACCUUUUUGAUGAUAUCGUUCUUUUAUCUGAGGGUCAGAUUGUGUACCAAGGUCCCCGUGAACAUGUGCUUGAUUUUUUUGAAUCUGUAGGUUUUAAAUGUCCCGAGAGGAAAGCUGCUGCUGACUUUCUGCAAGAGGUAACAUCGAAAAAAGAUCAGGAGCAGUAUUGGGCAAGAAGAGACGAAUCUUAUAGAUUUAUCACUGUCAAUGACUUUGUCAAAGCAUUCCAAUCAUUCCAUGUCGGACAAAGAAUAAAAGAUGAGCUUUCAGCUCCAUUUGACAAGAGCAAGAACCAUCCAGCUGCUUUAGCAACUCGAAAAUAUGGUGUUGAAAGCAAGAAAGAGAUAUUGAAAGCUGUCUUCUGCAGAGAAUGGUUGCUUAUGAAAAAAAACUACUUCUUUUACAUUUUCAGACUCAUCAAAAUUUUGAUUGUGGCACUGGUAGUUUCAACUGUUUUCUUAAGAACUGAAAUGCAUCAUGACACAAUAGAAGAUGGAAUAAUCUACUCUGGUGCUCUAUUCUUCAUUGUGGUCAUGUUUGUGUUCAAUGGGAUGUCAGAGAUUCCUAUGACAAUCGACAAACUGCCAGUGUUUUACAAGCAAAGGGACCUAAAUUUUUACCCUGCAUGGGCUUAUGCUCUUUUCACGUGGAUUCUUAAGAUCCCUAUUGCAUGUUUAGAAGUCUUGAUUUGGGUUGCCAUUACAUACUAUUUAAUUGGACUUGAUCCUAGUGUUUCAAGUUUAUUUAAGCAAGGUCUUCUGCUCAUUUUUGUGAACCAAAUGGGCUCUGCAUUAUUCCAAGCUAUUGCAGCUACUUCUAGGAAUCUAAUUGUAGCUGACACCUUCGGCUCUUUUGUGUUGCUCAUGCUUUUCGGUUUGGGAGGCUUUCUGUUAUCAAAGAAUGAUAUUAAGAAAUGGUGGAUUUGGGGUUAUUGGAGUUCUCCCCUAAUGUACUAUCAGAAUGCAAUACAGGUCAAUGAGUUCCUUUCAGACCAAUGGAGUCAUCCUGAACCAAAUGGAACAAGACAUCUAGGAAUUGCAGUGUUAGAAUCUCAAGGAUUCUUUACAAAAUCAUAUUGGUAUUGGAUUGGCUUUGGAGCGGUGGUUGGUUACACUAUAAUUUUCAAUGUUCUUUAUGCACUAGCUCUCACUUUUCUCAACCAGUUCGGGAAAUCUCAUACUAUUGUUCUACUUGAAGAGUCAGAGAGCAAUAAUCAAAAUGGGAGAACAAGUGAUGCAAUUUUACUACAGGAAAAAGAGAAUAACUCAACCUGCCGAAAUCAUAUAGAAAGUGUUACUGAAGAGAGGAACCAGAAUAGAAAAAGAGGAAUGGUUCUUCCAUUUGAACCACAUUGGAUCAUUUUCAAAGAUAUUGUUUACUCUGUUGACAUGCCACAAGAAAUGAAGAACCAGGGCAUUGCAGAUGAUAAGUUGAUUCUUCUGAGGGGAUUAAGUGGUGCUUUCAGGCCUGGUGUUUUGACAGCGCUGAUGGGAGUGAGUGGUGCUGGAAAAACUACUCUGAUGGACGUCUUGGCUGGUAGAAAAACCAAGGGAUACAUUGAAGGAGAUAUCAAAAUUUCAGGAUAUCCUAAGAAGCAGGAAACAUUUUCCCGAAUUUUAGGAUAUUGUGAGCAAAAUGACAUCCACUCGCCACACGUUACUAUUUACGAGUCCUUGCUCUACUCAGCAUGGCUUCGUUUACCAACUAAAAUUGAUACCAAGACGAGAAAGAUGUUCAUUGAGGAAGUGAUGGAGCUGGCAGAGCUAAAUGUAAUACAGCAUGCACUUGUGGGACUGCCCGGUGUUAAUGGUCUCUCAACUGAACAACGCAAAAGAUUGACAAUAGCAGUUGAGUUAGUAGCAAACCCUUCUAUAAUAUUCAUGGAUGAGCCAACUUCAGGGCUUGAUGCAAGAGCGGCUGCAAUUGUCAUGAGAGCAGUUAGGAAUGCUGUGGAUACCGGCAGAACCAUUGUGUGCACCAUCCAUCAGCCAAGCCUAGACAUCUUCGAAGCUUUUGAUGAGCUUUUCCUGAUGAAGUGUGGAGGUGAAGAGAUAUAUGUUGGGCCAUUAGGUGACCGUUGCUCCAAUCUAAUCCAAUACUUCGAGGCCAUUGAAGGUGUGAGUAAAAUUAAAGAUGGUUAUAAUCCAGCUACCUGGAUGUUGGAGGUUACUUCUUCAGCGCAAGAAAUAGCUUUGGGGAUUGAUUUUGCUGAUAUUUUCAAGACUUCAGAUCUGUAUAGAAGGAACAGAGAGCUUAUUGAAGAACUUAGCAUUCCUAAUCCUGGCUCAAAGGAUCUCCAUUUCACAACUCAAUCUGCAACAUCAUUUUCCACACAAUGCAUUGCUUGUUUAUGGAAACAACGAUGGUCCUAUUGGCGAAAUGCUCCUUACACUUGUGUUAGAUUUUUUUUCACAUUGUUUGUGGCACUGAUGUUUGGGACAUUAUUUUGGGACCUAGGUGGUAAAAGGACUACUCAAAAAGACCUUCUCAACGCAAUGGGAUCAAUGUAUGCUGCUGUUUUCUUCAUCGGAGUACAUAACGGUUCAUCUGUGAGAGAAGUUGUUGCAAUAGAAAGAACAGUCUAUUAUAGAGAAAAGGCUGCAGGGAUGUAUUCAGGCUUUCCCUAUGUAUUUGCACAGGUGAUGAUUGAGAUUCCAUACAUUGUUUGUCAAGCUACAGUUUAUUCCAUCAUCGUGUACGCAAUGAUAGGCUUUGAAUGGACUGUUGCAAAAUUCUUGUGGUAUCUAUUCUUCACCAUUUUCACAAUGUUCUACUUCACCUUCUAUGGAAUGAUGGUUGUGGCUGCAACACCAGACCUUGAUGUCGCUACCACUGUUUCGUCCGCCUUCUAUGGACUGUGGAACCUCUUUUCCGGCUUCAUCAUACCAUAUUCUAGAAUACCAGUGUGGUGGAAAUGGUACUAUUGGACAUGUCCUGUAGCGUGGACUAUGUAUGGCAUGUUGGUAUCACAAUAUGGAGAUGUAGCAGACAAGUUUGAUGGCUCAGAGGAGACUGUGAAAGAAUUUGUGGAACGAUUUUUCGGAUAUAAACACGACUUUCUUGGAGUAGUUGCUUUUGUUAAUGUUGUCUUUGCAGUUGCCUUUCCUCUCAUCUUUGCCUUGCAGAUUAAGACACUUAAUUUUCAAAAGCGAUAGAAAGGGUAUAGCUAUAAUAAUAAUAAUACAAAAGGAAAGAUGGAGAUGGAAAGGGUAUAGCUAAAAUACAUUCAAAUGGGUUUGGAGUAACAUGGCUGGUUGUUUCUCGAGGAAAGACUCACAAACUUCGACUAACAUUAAUAUGUGCAUCUUCAUGUUAAAUCUUUAUAACAUUAAAAGUGAACAUAAAUAUAUAUCAUUCUAAUUUUUUA